AUGCUGGAAUCAGGUAUGCACCAACACCAACACCGCACCUCAACGAUCAACAACAUGCUGGCAUCAGGUAUGCACCAACACCGCACCUCAACUAUCAACGACAUGCUGGCAUCAGGUAUGCACCAACACCGCACCUCAACUAUCAACGACAUGCUGGCAUCAGACAUGCUGGCAUCAGGUACGCACCAACACCACACCUCAACUAUCAACGACAUGCUGAUAUCAGGUACGCACCAACACCACACCUCAACUAUCAAAGACAUGCUGGCAUCAGGUACGCACCAACACCACACCUCAACUAUCAACGACAUGCUGGCAUCAGGUACGCACCAACAACACACCUCAACUAUCAACGACAUGCUUGCAUCAGGUAUGCACCAACACCAACACCACACCUCAACUAUCAACGGCAGGCUGGCAUCAGGUAUGCACCAACACCGCACCUCAACUAUCAAUGACAUGCUAGCAUCAGGUACGCACCAACACCACACCUCAACUAUCAACGACAUGCUGGCAUCAGGUUUGCACCAACACCAACAACGCACCUCAACUAUCAACGACAUGCGGGCAUCAGGUAUGCACCAAUACCGACACCGCACCUCAACUAUCAACGACAUGCUGGCAUCAGGUAUGCACCAAUACCAACACCACACCUCAACCAUCAACGACAUGCUGGCAUCAGGUAUGCACCAACACCAACACCGCACCUCAACGAUCAACAACAUGCUGGCAUCAGGUAUGCACCAACACCGCACCUCAACUAUCAACGACAUGCUGAUAUCAGGUACGCACCAACACCACACCUCAACUAUCAACGACGUGCUGAAAUCAGGUAUGCACCAACACCAACACCGCAACUCAACCAUCAACGACAUGCUGGCAUCAGGUAUGCACCAAUACCAACACCACACCUCCACUAUCAACGACAUGCUGGCAUCAGGUACGCACCAAUACCAACACCACACCUCAACCAUCAACGAUAUGCUGGCAUCAGGUACAUACCAACACCACAUCUCAACUAUCAACGACAUGCUGGCAUCAGGUACGCACCAACACAACACCUCAACUAUCAAUGACGUGUUGGCAUCAGGUACGUACCAACACCAACACCGCACCUCAACUAUUAAUGACAUGCUGGCAUCAGGUAUGCACCAACACCAACACCACACCUCAACUAUCAACGACAUGCUGGCAUCAGGUAUGCACCAACACCAACACCGCACCUCAACUAUCAAUGACAUGCUGGCAUCAGGUACGCACCAACACCACACCUGA